AUGUGUAAUGCCAUUUUACAGGACCCUGAUAGCGAGGACGAUGAUCCGGAUGCUUUACAGGUGUGCAGAAUAUGCUUAGCGGUGGAUUGCAAGAUGUUUUCCAUAAGAAAAUUCAAGUUGGAGCAAUCGUUUGAAAAUUUGACCGGAUCUGAGGUCAACAAAGAAGACAAGUUUCCUCAAAAACUGUGCUAUAUUUGUUUCCGACGGCUCGUCAACUGUGCGCGACUCAGAGCACAGAGUCUGAAGGCUGAGUGUCUCAUGAUGGAGAUUAUGAGGAAACAGGACCUCACAUACGAAAACAUAAAAGCGAUUAACCGCGAAAAAAACUUGCUCACACCGAAUCUAGCUCCAAAACAAUUCGAAUCCAACCACUACGAUUUAUUCCUUGAAGACGAUAGAACUAAAGAAAUAAACUUCGACAAUACAUUCAGCAAUGAAGUGUUUUUGGAAGAGUUUGACGCAAGAAUGGAGACAGAUAUGAACGAAUCCGCCGAUGGGUAUUCCUCAGAUGAUUCUCUGCCUCUAGAAGUUAGUAAGAGAAAGAAAGAGAUGGAAGAAUCUGAGAAAAUGAAGGCGGGUGAUGAUGAUAAACGUAAAGGUGAUGAGCUGAAAUGCUUGGUUUGCGCGCAGAGUUUUAAAGAAGAGUUUGAUUAUUACAGCCAUGUAGCGAACCAUACUGAACACCCAGUGGUUGUCACCGAAAACCAAAUAACCAUAGAAUUCGACAGAAAGUACUACGAGCCAAACGUCGAAGAAAACGACACAAAAGAUGACGAAUUAGAAGAACUAUCACUCGUCAUAGACACAGAACGUAAAGGCGAUGACGACCUAAAACUAGAACAGAUAUUAGACGACUAUGUAGCGUCAGAAAAAGAUUAUUCUAGUGACGAAAGCACGCUCCAAGAAGUAAAGAAGAAGAAAGAACAAAAAAAACUCAAGAAAAAACCGCAAAAAAAUAAAGAACCGAAAAUUGAUAGGCGAAGAAAACCGUUUUUGAGUGACGAUUUGAACGAAACGCUGUUUACAAUAAUAGAUUUGACGUAUGAAGAGCAAGUGGCUGAAAUUGAGAAAAGGCAAGAGAGUUCGAACUUUAAGAAUGCUGUGUUUAAGUGUAUGGAAUGUUACAAAGGUUUUUUAGACGAGGAUGCGUAUAAUUCUCAUAUGCUGAGGCAUACGGAUGAAUGCGGCGUACACCGGUGCGAUGUAUGUAAGACCCAUUUCAGACAUCCACACGCUCUCAGAAAACACAUCACUGCACAUCACACACAGAGAUUCAGCUGCAAGCAGUGUCCUUACGUGACCGCGCACAGACAAUCCGCUCGGUUGCACGAGCGGUGGCACAAGGGAACUAAAUACGCCUGCCCACACUGCCCGGACGAGUUCCUCAAGUUCACAACCUACAUGGGCCACAUUCGCAUAAAGCAUCCAUCCGACUUCGUCUGCCAACUAUGCGGGUAUUCAUUCGUAAGCGAAAAAGGGAUAGCGCUGCACAAGAAACUGAAGCAUCGGCAGGAGAAUACGCAGAUACCAGAAGAUGGCCCGACGUGCGAUCUGUGCAACAUUCGCUUCGUGGACACAGACGCGUACAAGCGACACAUCAGCGUGUCAGCGAGGCACAACCCUGUUGAUAAGGGUGAGUCUAACACAGUCUUUCCCAAAGUGGGCAAUAACGCCCCCUUGUGGGCGCUGCAGGCUUAA